AUGCAAUCUAAUUUUUGGUGGAAGAUCACCAAAAAAGAAUAAGCUCAAUUGGUUAUUUCUGGAGUACUUGGAGCAAUUUUAUGUGUUUUAUCAACAACUGUCGGGAAUUUUAUAUUGAUUGAAAUUCGAUUCAAUAUUUUAUUUUCAGCUGUAAAUAAUUUAUGUUAUGUAGGAAGUAUUUUGGAUUAAUAUUUAUAUUAACAGGUUGUUACAUUUUGAUGAGAACUAAAAUGUUAGUCAAUUAUAGAAUUUUUACUCAAUGGACUUUAAAACAAAAAUUUGUAUUAUCUUAUGCGGCUGUUAUAAUUCUAUCAGGAUUUACAUGCUUCUAUUUAUACUUUGAUCAAGAAUGGUAAUCAAGUAGUAGAAUAUGAUAGGCAUUAAGGUUUGAAUUUUUAUAGCAAGAUUCCUUUAUUUGUGAUUUUGGGAAUGUCUUUGAAUUCCACUAUAUGCUAUUUAAUUGUUGAUCUAAUCAAUUUUUUUGUUGGUUUAACGCAAAAAGUCUAAUAGAGGACCAUUAUGGAAACUCCAAAUUAGAUUGUAUCAUUCAUAGUUAUUAGUACCACUAUUGGAUUUCUUUAAGGGUUAAUAUUUAGUGUUUUGGAUAUUGAGGUAUCCUCAUUAUUUCAAUUUUAGGAUGUUGAAAAUAAAACCACUUCAUUCAACCUCGUUUUGUUUGAGGAAUUGUUAUUAUCUCCUUUUAUUGUUGUAUUAGGUUGUCUAGGAGGACUUUUUAAUGAAUACCUAAGAUUGAAAGGCAGUCACUUACAAUCUUAUACAUUUGAACCUAUUAGAGAUCAAUUUACAGACGAAAUUUGA